AUGGCCAACAAUAUUUUGAAAGACGGCGGCAAACAAAGAGAUGACAUAGGCGCCAACAGACUUCAAGAAAUAGGAUACCCAAUGAGUUUGAUUAAGUGCCAACUAAGAAAGAUAUUUGCCACAGUAUCUAGACCCAGUGAGGAAUGGAUUGGCACAGCAGUCAUUUCAUAUAAAGCAGGAACAUCGGAGGUUAUUCGAAGAUUUUUGAACUUAGCCAACAUUCGGUUAGCUUUUCAGAAAGGAAAAACGCUACGCCCAGUUUUGGUGCAAUUGGAAGAUACCCUGCCGACUGAAAGGACUAGGGCCGUGUGUAAAAAAAUUAACUGCAACGAUUGCGCUAAGGCUUGUAUAGGACAAACUGCCAGGGAAUUGCACACCAGAAUUGGUGAGCAUAAAAGAAGGAUUAACAAACCAUCAAGGAAUGCUGAAGAAUACCAAACGCUGGUCAAAGACUCAGCGAUGGCGGUACAUGUCUUAGACACGGGACAUAGGGUAGAUUUGGAGAAUGUGGAAGUUUUAAGACAGGGACUGCGAUUCACACCACAGUGGCUGGUAGCCAAGGCGUCGGUGCAAUUUGUUUACGGAAACCAAAUGCGACGAAAGUCAAAUAAGGAGUUUGUCAAAGCGCAG